AUGUUUCGCAGGUUUAUAAACUUGCCGCUGAAACGACUGUGGGUCUGUCAUCAACCCAGUCCGUUCAUCCAACCUUGGCCACUGGUCCAGAGCAAUGGAUCUUCAUUUGGUCAGCAGCCUACCAUCUUCCAGGAUCAUCCGAUGUCCUACGACAUUCUCACCAACGAUCUCAGCGAACCGGCCUCAUCAUCAUCGAUAAGACAGGUUCCGCAGAAGGUCCGCAUUGUGGGUGAAGUUCACAGCCUCAAAGUCUGUGGACACAGACAGCCUGGUAACUGUCUUUUCAUCAGUCAGAAAGGACGCCUCUACCACAAGGAAUCGGGCAGGGGCAGAAGGGAAUCUCGCCCAGACGUCUGCCAACGAGCUCGGUAUUUCAAGGAAAGAUCCAAUAGCAAAGUCAGCAAUCGCCUAAGGGAACUGAUGAACGAGGGAGUUGACGGACUAGACAAGGGAAUUAGAAAAAACGAAAGGAUUAUCCAUAUGAAGGGGUCUCCCAAGACAAAAUACCCGACGAGUCCCUCCUACAGUUCAUAUUAUGGUGACAAGAAGGCAUACCUCGAGUUUCAGGAACCCAAACGAACAUUCAGGAAUUUUGUUUCCACGCUCAUGGCAAAGGGUAGAAAAGUAAGGCAACAAUUGCAGGAGGGAAAGGAUGCCGAUCUUCUGAGGUAUCACUCGGGGAACAAGGAUCUAAUGAAGCAUUAUCACUAUAAAUCUAAAAGGCGAAUUAUGCAAAGGCAGCUGAAGGCAAAGCCACGAGUUCCAAUAGCCAAAUAUAAAGACGAUUCGAUAGAUUGGACUCUCCCCGAAGACUCAUUCAAUCCACAUAGACAAAAUGUGAAUACGUUGGGUAAGGAUAUACUUGUUCCGCUGAAAACAAAAUCCAAAAGUGCUGAAAGGGCAGAAGGCAAAGAAAUAUCUUCACAGGAUAAAUCAAUACUCCCACAUUCAUGGGAAGUAAUAAAGGCGCGUGAGGAAAAGCUCAUUAGAAAAGCCAAGAAGGAAACUAAGGGUCGCCUUUCACCUCUUAGAGAAACUUCAUCGCUUAAAUCCAAGUCCGGGGAACCAAAAAACUGUAUUGACCAACAAAGUAAAUUGGAUUUUAAGAGGGUCAACGAAAAUAUCAUGGAAUCAGGUUCAAACAAUUCCGGAGUUCAGAAAAACGGGUCAGGACUCAAAAUGAUCGGGCCGGAAAGUCAAAAAUCAAUGGGCUUCCAUGACAUUUUUAAGAGCAAAACUUACAAAAUACCCAAUACUACGGAAUGUAUUUCCAAAGUGCCUUUUUCACGUUCGGAUGUUGCAAACUUGGCAAACGCAUCACAAUCAAGUCAAUGGGGUCGCCAGAUUCAUGAAAAUCUAUGCAGUUUUCCAGAAAAAGAUUCUCACAAAGAAAGCGCAAAGGCUGGGAAAGAAAACGACGUCUCAAAGGUUUUUGCAAUGUUAGAAGAUAAAGACAAGCUGAAAUUUCGAGUAGCAGAGCUUAUGGCUAGGUGUAUGUUCCUGGUGGAGAAAAGAACGCAACAGGAUUCGGAAGGUAGUACAAUCAGCAAUGGGCAUGUUGAGGAUAAGGGCAAUGUUAAUCACUUAGUUGCAAAUUUCUGGAGGCAUUACACGCAGUGUUGUAAGAGUCAGCAAAAGGAUGAUUGCAGGUGUUCGAAGUCGUCGAUGUUGGGAAACACGCAAAAAAGCGUAUUAGAAAAAGUAAAUAUUAUUAUUAAGGAGUGCACACACAUUAAGGAGGUGAUCGAAGGGGGGUCUGUAAAGAACCAAUGCAUUAAAGAAGGCCUUAACCAAAGUAUUGAAGAGGAAUUCUACAAAACGAAGGCUAAGCUAGAAAAAAUAAAUGCGAACGAAAAUCUUGAGCCAAAUUCUAAAGAGCACGAUCAGAAAGAAGACUGCGCCAUUAAGUCCCUAAAAAAAAAGUGUCAAGAAAGAAAGAAUGCUUUUGAAGAAUUAUUGAAAAAGAUGUCUCUAGAGUGUAAAACGUCUGAUAAAUACGAGCAAGACCUUGUGCAAAAAAUGAAACUUGUAAUAGAAGAAUUGCAAAAUAAAUUAGCAGAAGACAAGAAAAGCCAAAAAAGCAGUAAGGGUGAUCAAAAGAGUCCAUUAUCUGAAAUUAAGUGUGCAGAAGAAUUAAAAAGAAAAUGUGCUGCAGAAGAUCUGAAGAAAAUGUGUGCCAUUGAAGAAUUAAAGGAGAAAUGUGCUGAAGAGAAACUAAGAGAGAUGUGUGCAAUGGAAGAAUUGAAGGAGAAAUGUGCUGAAGAGAAGCUAAGAGAGAUGUGUGCAAUAAAGGAUCUAAAAGAAAAAUGCGCAGCUGAAGAAUUAAAGGAAAAAUGUGACAAGGAAAGCUUAAAGAAAAAAUGCGCAGAAAAAGAAUUAAAGAAAAAAUUCACAGAAGAAGAGUUAAGAGCCAGAUGUGCAGAACGUGAAGAUAAGAAAAAGAGUGCAGAUCAGGAAUUAAAGGAAAAAAGUGCAUUAGAAGAAUUUAGAGAGCUCUGUGCAGAAGAAGAAACAAAGCAAAAGUGCGCGGAGCAAGAUUUUAAGGUCAAAUGUUCGGGUGAAAAACUCAAAGAGAGAUGCGCGUUGGACGAGAAACAAAGGCUAUACGAAGAAUCUUCCCUAAGAAAGAGAUGUGCUGAAUUCGCGCUAAAGAAGAAGUGUGAAAAUAAUAAUAAAGGAGACAAUUUAAUGGAUUUUAAGGAUUCUAAAAAAAAAUGUACCGAUGAAAAGUCCAAGGAGAACUUUACCGAAAAAGAUGAAAAUCUCAGCACAUUAGGAAAACUAAAAAAGAAAGUUGGACUUACGGGAAAGGGAAAUAUGGAUAAGUUUACAUCAACGAAAGCCCAUAAGUGGUAUGAGUCGUUUGGAAGACGAAAAAAAAUAGUAGAAGAGGACAUUCAAAACUGGCAGGAAACGAAUGAAGCUAGAAAGUGGCUUUUUAAACAAAGCGAACGGGGACUUGUAAAGAAGUUUUGGGACAAGGAAUACAAGGCGAAACAAAACAAGGGACUUCCACUCAAAAAAAAUUCGAAGCACGAAGGCUUAGGCAUCUUCUUAAGAUCUGCGCUUUCAAGACCUAGGAGAAGACCACUACGAGGAUUGGAAGACGACCACUGUAGGGAUUACAGGGAGCGGUUUUUCAAUCCACGUCAGUGGCCUUUAUUUCCCGGGCUUGCUCCUAUGAACUACCAAACUUUAAGGCGGAGUCCUGUGCUGGAGGCCAACUUCUUCAUCCGCCAAUUGCUUCCCGACCUGAACCCACUGGCCAUCAAUGAUUACCUGGGUGUGUACUGGCUCCAACGCAUAACUUCUUCUAGCCCUUUCGGCAAACGCGGUUACAAAAGGGACGAUCUCUGCAGGGUGUCGUCCUCUUUGUAUCCCUUUACCGAAAUUUGUAAAAGGAAUUCCUUAGAUGAGCGCCAGUAAAAAAUAAUCACAAAAAACGGCAGUGCGAAGAGAUCCCGAUGAGGUGCUACUGUGUGAUGGUGCCAACAUACAAAUACAAUUAUAAAUUAAAGUGUAAAUAAACAGCAGUAUGAAAUAGUAAAUAAAAUCAAAACUACUUUAAAACGCAGUAAUGGAAAUUCAUAGAUAAGAGAGGUCCACAAGACCUAGAAAUGCAAAUUUUAUAGUCGUUUUCUCAUAUUACUUCAUGAAUAAAUAUAUGGAGUGUA